CGCCAGCCCCCGCAACGCUCCAUCUCGCCCGGGGGGUUGUGGGUUGGCUAUGGGUUUGUUUGCCUAGGCCCCCCGCCAUGCACCCUCUCCUCGUGAGGGAGGGAGGGAUCGAGCAAUACGUUGGGGAUGCGAAUUCAGUGGCGUGAGACGGUCGAAUUCAAAUGUUUGUUGUGUGGGCCAUGAGCCCGACCGCUGGAGCCUAGGGCUGGACGAGGGGCCCGAUCGAUCGGUAGGUGGGUGGAAGAGGUAGAUGUUCAGAGCCUCAAUGUGCCCCCCCGAUCCCGAUCCCAUGCAUUCGCUCGCUCGCUCGUUCGAUCGAUCGGGUGGAGGACCUGGGGCAAAUCCUCCUUGCUUCUCCCGCUGGUGGAAAAUUAAUCUCGCCGAUUAUCGUUUAUUCGUCCUGCGAACGCCGACUGCUGCUUAGUGAACGAUGUCGGGGCAUUUCAAUUGGACGCAAGUUCCCGAGGUCCGAAACGCUCCACAGCUCAGGCCUCAGGCCUCGACCGUUUUGUUUUGCUUUGCUUUGGUGGGCCAGGUAGAGAGUCUCAGCCUUUCUGCCCUCUCGAAUGGUCGGAGGCUCGAAGUAAUUCGGCGAGACGAUGGCGCAUCAUCGGGUAAUUCGUUCCCAGUGCAUGACUUCAUGGUGCGUAAGCAAAAGGAAAAGUCAGUGGAAGGAGGGUGGAGGGGAGGUUAUUCCCCUGAUUAUCAAUUCUUCGUGUUGUCAAAGGGGCUUCCUUCUACUCGGCCAUCAUGCACUAUGUGCUACGAUUUGCGUAUAAAUGAUUAUGAGAUUGACUUUUCUAGCCGAGGAAUAAAAUCUAUUGUGCCCGCACAUGAUGUCAUGGCACACAUAUGAUGAAUGCCAAGCCAAGUUAUCAUGUGCGUGAACCUUUCUCGAAUGAUGGAUAGAUAGAUAGAUAGAGAGACAGACAGACUUGAGAUCGAAUGAGGUCUAUCAUCCUGGCCUUCCUACUGCACGCUCUGGAAUUCAAUUUCCUCUUCAUGCAAGACGUGGAGGUUCAGGACAUGGCUUUACGAAUGGGCAACGGAUUUAUGCUUCCUUGUAGUCCUCUUUUUUGUGGUAGAAUCUUGAAAGUGCCAACUUCGAGUGGAGGAGGAUCUUUAGGAGGAGCCUACCGUUGUCCUUGGGGUCCGAAAGAACGAGGCAUUUGACAACUUUGACAUUCUACAUUUGGCAUUCCUACAAUCGACCGGUAGGAUCCUACUCUCUGGUCGUGUUUUAAGAGCCAGAGUGUCUUCAACUUUUAUGCCAGAAUAAUUCAUUACUCUACUCGUUCAUGUGCUCGCAAGGAUGCAUUCGGUCUUUCAUUCUAUCGUCAACACCAUCAUGCAGCGAUGCCAUCAACUCAAGAAAGGGGUGAAUGGAGACCUCUAGGCCCGAUGCAAGCAAGAAACAUGGCCACAUUCGUCCGCAUGUCCGCAUCAUGAUAUUCCAUGAGUUCAUGUGUUGUCAAGUAC